UCCGUCCGUCGUCCGGCCGAUACGACUCGAAGUAUCCGAGCCCCCGCGGAUAUUCGCGAUUUAAUAUACACAAACGUCACAUAAAAAACAUUAUAUAUAAAUAUAAACAUAUAUACAUAUAUAUAGUUAUAUACAUAUAGGCAUAUAUGUAUAUGUAUAUGUAUACAUACAGUAUGUACGUGUGUAUAUGGAGUGCAUAUAAUGUAUAUAGAUAUACACGUGUGUAAAUAUACAUGAGGGUUGUUUAAUAACGUGUAUCUACAUGUAUACGAAUAAUAACAAUUGUAUGCCGGGGGUGGUUGAUGGUUGUUUAUUGUAACAAGACAGACUCUGUUUAAUCGUGAAUCUAAACCGACACGCAUGUCGUGUACACGCGUGUGUGAUCGGCGCGUUGUACAUGCGCCGGUACACGGAUAUAUGUAAUGCUCCGCGCCACGCAUGUUGAGAGUACCUGGUGCUCAUUGGUGUCGGCUUAAAACGUUUAAGACGUUAAUUCAUCCGACAUCUAGUGAGGAGGAUAAUUAUCAUGAUUAUUAUAAUAAUAAUAAUUAUUAUGAUUGUUAUUAUUUUAAUGACAAGCAUAAGAAAUAUAUCUGGGAUAAAUAUGAACAAGGGGAUAAUGAGUUGCAUGGUGAUAAAUUCAGUGGAAAAUUAUGGUUCGGUAAGACAGAAGUAGUUGAUUUUGUUGUUUGUAACGGAGUUAACAGAAUACGCAAACGAAAGCUUCGUAAGAAGAAGAAGAAGAGAAAGAAAAGUAGAUAAACCCAUUUUGAGUAAGACACGGGUGUUCUUUUACUACUGACGCAUUUCUCUGGCUCUCACACUCGAUUCAGUGUCCAGUCGAUCGAGGAUUUCGAAUGAUUAUAUAUACGAUAUAUAUUAUAUAUACGAAUAGGCACGUGCGUCGAAUAAUCUCAUGCUGAUCAUUAUUUCAUCGAGUGCUGGUUGUUUAUAAGUGUACAGUUUUUUUUUUUUUAUAAAAUUUAUUAUUUUCAUUUUAUUUAUUUAGUUUUUUUGAGUUUAUCGUUUUUAUGGAAGGACUUAUUUGUGAUAUGGAUUACAGUGUGACAUUUAUUUUAAUGUAAGUGAUUAAAAGUAAAUUGAAACGGAUAUAACCAAGUGGAUUUUACGUGGGUGUAUUAUUCCCGAGUGUAUAAUAUAUAUACAUAUAUAUGUUGUGUGGUUUAAGUGUUUUGUACGUACUCGAGUAAAACGCUUGUGAUAUAUUUAAUAAUUAAUUUGAAAAUUAUUUAAGUUUUACUGAGGAUAGAUGGAGACUUAAAGUGUAUACGUGUACAUAUAUAUAGAUAUAUAUAUAAAUAUAAUGAUUUAUAUAUUUUGGUUAUACUUGUAGUGUACACGGGAUUUUAAGAUUUGACUUGGUCUUUUUUUAUAUUUAUUUUAUUUUAUUUUAUUUAUUAUUAUUUUGGAUAAAAUCCUUUAUUUUGAGGAUUUUGGUCGAACGGUAAAACACAUAAACCGUCGGAUGAAACGGAGUAGACUUACGUCAGGGAGAUUAACGUAGCGUAUUGUGGUUGUUAAUAGACACGGAGGGAUGUCGAGAAGAAAACAGGCACGACCUAGCCGUGCCAACCUUGAAGAGGAUCUGGUACAUGGACCUCUUAGAAGUAAUCCCUUGUCGAGUCUUCAGGAUCAACCGACUACACUUCAAGAUGACAAUGAGACGGGAUCAGAGGGUGAAGACAGCAGUGGUGGAGUAGCUGUCAAUGAGUCAGCCGUUGAUUUGACUUCGAAUAGAUCAAAUUUAGAGGACGAAGAUGAACGUGAGCCGGAUGAAUUGCCAAUGGAGGAGGACGAUGAGGAAGUGGUCGAUGAACAAGAUGAUCAGGAUGAAGAUGAAGAGGGUUCACGUAAGCAAAUACGUAAUCGUCAGGAUGCUGAAAAUAAUAAUAGUUUUAUUGAAAGUGGAACGUCAAGCGGGUUAUUUUCAGUGCCCGCGGGUACAAGCCACGUUACCCUUGAAGCACUACAAAAUACCAAAGUCGCAGUGGCACAAUUUGCAGCAACGGCACUUGCCGGUGGUGCAGAUAGUGAAGCAGCAUUACAAGACUUAGCAUUAUUACAAAGUACACUUUAUACACUACAGCAUCAGCAAGUGUUUCAAUUACAAUUGAUAAGUCAGCUACAGCAACAAUUAUCAAUAACACACACGACCGGUGCGCCGGGUCAACCAAGUGCUGUAGGUUUAGUGCAAAGUGAAACAGUUACUGAUACAAAAGAAUUAUCAACGCCACCGUCUCCGUCUUUACAUCAUCAGAAAUCAUCGAUAUCGUCGAGUUUAAAUUCACCGCCAUCGUCACGACCUGCAAGUCAUCAUCCGCCGUCAUCGCCGCUCAAUGUACCGGUCGUAUCCCAUCCAGAACGACCGUCUGGUUCGUCGACAAGUACAUCGCCGAUAAGUUUAACGAUUCCCACAGUACCUAGUAUUGUUAACUCAAUAUCAGCAUCGACUAGUGUAAAUACCUGUACGACAUCCAGUAAUACUAUGACGUGCGUACAGACGCCGGUGUUAUCACAGCAUCAAAUGCCAGCACUUUGUUCUAUAAGUUCGUCACUCGCUUCGUCCAUCAUCACCAACAAUGAUCCGAUGCCGCUAAACGAGCCAAAUACACUGGAGAUGCUCCAAAAACGUGCGCAAGAAGUGCUAGACAACGCAAGUCAAGGUCUAUUGGCAAAUAAUUUAGCGGACGAAUUGGCAUUUCGCAGCGGGAAAAGUGGCUCACGUUUAUCACCAUACGAUUCAAAAUCCGGCGGCGGUAGAGGCGAACCAUUCUUCAAGCAUCGAUGUCGAUAUUGCGGGAAAGUCUUCGGCAGCGAUUCAGCCCUUCAGAUCCACAUAAGGUCCCACACAGGUGAGCGUCCCUUUAAGUGCAACGUCUGCGGAAGCCGAUUCACCACCAAGGGAAACCUCAAGGUCCACUUCCAGAGGCACACGGCAAAGUUUCCGCACGUUAAGAUGAAUCCAAAUCCCGUGCCUGAACACCUCGACAAGUACCAUCCUCCUCUGCUCCAGCAGCUCGCGGCCUCCGGUCAAAGACCCCUUCCGUCACCUCCACUACCCUCAGCGGCACCGCCUACCGCUGGCUCGGUACCCUCACCUCAUCACGCCUCGUUUCACCCAGCCUCGACUCACGGUUUUCUCCCACCCCCACACCACCCACAGCCUCCUUUACCCCUGAGUCUUGCCCUACCGGCCGCCGCAGCAGCAGCCGCAGCCGCUGCUGGCAUGCCACCAACCCUUUACCACCGAGGACCAAUCGUUAGUCAACGCGACGAUCAGGAUCUCCCGGAGAACCUUAGCAAAUCUACUACUACUGAUAGUACUACUACUACUACUGCUAAUAAUAAUAAUAACAUUAAUAAUAAUAAUAAUAAUAAUAAUAAUAGUAAUAAUAAUAGUAAUAGUAAUAAUAAUAUUGAUAAUAAUAAUAGUAAUAAUAAUAAUAGUAACAAUAUAAAUAAUAAUAAUAAUAGUAAUGUACCGCCACCACCACCACCACCACCACCAUUACCACCACUAUCACUACCACCAUUAUUACCAUCACUACCACCAUCACAACCACCGACAGUCUCAAUCUUAAUCGCUACUACUACAAUGACCACUUCGACAGCGGCUUCAACGUCUACAUCACCGUCUAUGUUAAUGCAUUCACCCAGGUCGCCUGUCAACACAAAUAACGCGUCAAUAAUACCAACAACAGCAACAACACCACCAACAAAUUCUAUUUAUUCACAAAACUCCCAUCUUGCUCAUCCAUGUCUUAUUGACAGACAACAAGAAGAAAUGAAACGUGAACAAUUAUCACCAUCUCCGCAAAUAAACAGGAUCGAUGAUAACACAAAUCAAGGUCCUGAUGAUUUGACGACGGCGACGAUGACCCAGACGACAAUGACUAUGACACCGACGACGAUAAUGCCAAAACGUGAACCUGAAGAACCAGUAGAUGAAGAACCUCAAGAAGAUGAAACCGAUGAAUUCGAUCCGCCAUCACCUAGACGCAGUUAUCUUGAUCGGUCAUCACCACUGAUGAUGUCCAAUCAAAACGUCCAUAUGUCGCAUUUACAGUCUUAUGAAGACUGCAGUAUGGACAGCAAAAUGAGUGGGAGACUAGAGCAAGAUGGUGAUAUGGACGGUGAUGAAGAGAUGGAAGAACAACCGGAAAAUUUAUCAGGCAGAGGUGGUCAUAUGUUUCAUCAGCAAACUAUGGGUUAUCAUCAUCCUGGUGCGUCUCCAGCAAGUAGUACUGCCAGCAGUGGUAGCUUACAAACAUCAUUUGCCGGCUUACUAUUUCCUACCGCACCGCCUGGUCAUCAUCAACACUUGCCGCCAUUUAUUCCAACAUCAAGUUCGCUAACCCAAGGUACAAAUACUUCUGCCCAUGAGUCAAUGAUUAUCGAUCCAUCUAAAGACCCAGCAAUUUAUUCAAAUUUAUUACCGCGACCUGGCAGCAACGAUAAUUCAUGGGAGAGUCUUAUCGAAAUAACAAAAACAUCUGAAACGUCCAAGUUACAACAACUAGUUGACAACAUUGAACACAAACUUACGGAUCCAAACCAAUGUGUGAUUUGUCAUCGUGUAUUGUCAUGCAAAAGUGCACUGCAAAUGCACUACAGAACGCACACGGGUGAACGUCCGUUUAAAUGCAAAAUUUGUGGACGCGCUUUUACAACAAAGGGUAAUUUGAAAACGCACAUGGGUGUACAUCGUGCUAAGCCACCGCUACGAGUAUUACAUCAGUGUCCUGUGUGUCAUAAGAAAUUUACAAAUGCACUUGUACUGCAGCAGCACAUACGGCUGCAUACAGGGGAACCAACAGACCUAAGUCCCGAGCAAAUUCAAGCCGCGGAAGUCAAUGAUUUCCCGGCUGGUUAUCCGCCACAUCCACUUGCAUCGUUUCUACCCCAAGGUUUCCCAGGACUUCAUCAUCCAGGUGGUGGUGGAUUUACCCUGGGAUUUCCGCCCACACGACAUCCAGCUCUCGAGCGACAUUUGCAAGACAACGACAUGGACAUCAAGGACAUGAAUAUCUACCAUCCGAAAAAUUUACAAUUUCACAAUCCGUUCCAGCAUCCACGACCCCCGUACUUAGAUGAACACUCUGAGGACAUGGAAGACCAGGAUGAUGAUGAUGAAGACCGACAUGAUGACGACGAGAGGCUGGAAGAUUUACGGCAACGAAUAAAUCGUCGUCCUUCGACCACUGACAUUGAUGAUGACAAUGAAAAUGAGAGAGAUGAGACUAAAGAAUUACCGUCGAUGAUAAUGCCACCGUGUUUUUCUACCUCACUAGCGGCAUUGGAAAAUCAAGUACGUACAAUAACAACAGUAGCUACUGGUGGAUUAGCAACACCAUCAGGUGGUUCGACAUCACCAUUAGAUCGUUACAAUUCCAGUGAAAAAAGUACCAGUCCUCCGAGUUCAAUAGCCGGUGGACCACUUGAUUUAACUCCUCGCGCCUCUUCCACACCCGGUUCCGUGGUUUCCACAUCAACACCACCACCACCAUUACCAACACCACUAUCACUACCACCACCACCACCAACGUUGCAGCAUCAUCCGCAUCCUUUCGGAAUGUUUGCAGGCCUAUUGCAGGCAGUAACAUCGUCACCUUCGUCUUCGGUUGGUAUCAACAACGUCAGCAACACCACCGGUACCAACGUCAUCACCACCGCCAACAAUAACAGCAGCAGUAGUAACAUUAAUAUUAUCAACACCAAUAGCAACAGCAAUAGCAAUAGCAUCCAAACAACGACUGGCGUAACUAUUAACAACCUUGCGACAACAAUGAAUGCUGUUAGUCCACCUGGUAAUAGUAGUACUACUGGUGGAGGAGCACUUGCAUCGUUAACAACAUCCGCUGUACUUGCUGCAUCCUCGACCUACAAUCCGCUCGGCCUCGCUGUUGGAGGGCCAGCAGUACGUGGCAACACAACGUGUAAUAUCUGCUACAAAACGUUUGCGUGUAACUCCGCACUGGAGAUACACUAUCGGAGUCACACGAAGGAGCGGCCGUUCAAAUGCACCAUUUGCGACCGUGGCUUCUCGACAAAGAAUGACGACACGGUGAUAAGAACGUGUAACUGCUUGGAUACUCAAGAUGUUUUAUCACGCGGGGCAACAACACCCGCAUCAGUUAAACCAAAACGCAACAGGCGACGCAGGACCGAGGAGAAGAAAACCCGGGGGCGGUCAUCAGGAAACGGAGGCCGGUGGGCUUUAACUUCUACCUGUGCUCCUACUGCAUCAGUCCACUUGCCCCCGUUGAUGCCACCCGCCCUCGGACUUCUUACCUCGGACCACGUCUUCCUGGGUAACAUGAAGCAGCAUAUGCUCACUCACAAAAUAAGAGACAUGCCGGCGCAUUUGUUCAGUGAUGCGAAACCACCUGGAUCGCAGCUUCCAUCUCAGCAACAGCAGCAGCAAUCCCAGCUACAGCUUGAUCAAGAAAAUUCACAAAGUUCGCUGAUAAAUGACGACUCGAGUCUUCCUCCACCGCCACCACCACCACCACCACCGCCACCGAUCCCUCCACCGAUGCCUCCGUCUUCAGUUGAGUCCGCGAUGCCUCCCAUAAAACGGUCGCCUCCCGAAGGUGAUCUUCCUGCGCCAAAGAGACCUAGCAUGUCCAGCAAGCACUUGUGCCAGGUUUGCAAUAAGAAUUUCUCGUCAUCCUCGGCGCUACAAAUCCAUAUGAGAACGCAUACCGGUGACAAGCCCUUUCGAUGCACCGUCUGCCAGAAGGCCUUCACCACCAAAGGCAAUCUUAAGGUGCACAUGGGGACACAUAUGUGGACGAACGGAGCUUCACGUCGAGGUCGCAGAAUGUCACUGGAUCUACCGCCACUUCCCAUCACACCCAAGGACUCGGAGUUUCUUCAGCGACGACCGGAUCUCUUUUAUCCAUAUCUACCCGCGCCCUUCCUUAAUGGUGUUCAACAAAAAUUGAACGAGAUAUCAGUGAUCCAAAGUAACAAUGGUUUGCCUGGUACGCAUCCCGUAAAUGCGAGUAAAUACGCAGGUCUCUUUGGAACAGUUUACGGCGGGGCUCCUGGGGGAUUCCCAAUGGAAAAACCGCCGAUGGCACCAAGUAAUGGACCAAUGAGUGAUGGGAAACCAAUAAUACCAUCCGGAUCAAUGCUCUUUCAAACACCAUCGCCAUCACACUCACCAGGUACACCGUCUUCCAAUACCGGUAAUCAAAAUUCCGCUAGUGUACCAGCCUGGAGUGGUGAAACUCUUCAGCAUCAUUACGAACGUGAGGGUCCGUCAUCGAGAUCUGAAAAUAAUUCAACUCCACCUACAGCACGAUUGCCACCAGCUUCAGCACCAAGAGGCGAAGGAUUAGCCGCGUGAAAUUUAUUCACUUAUUUUCAUUAAUUAUUCAUCAUAAUUAUUAUUUCCUUUUUACGUUUGUCGAUUUGCAUUUCCUCAUAAAACAAAAAGAAAAGAUAAUUAUUUUUCCCAAAUCAAUUCCUGAAGAAGAAAAAAAAAAACUAAAAUAUCUUAAACUUUUAAACUGCAUUUUCCUCAUACACUCAAAGUAUUGUAUGUACCGUGUGCGUGUGUGUGCGUGUGUGCGUGCGUUAUGAAUUUAAAAAAAUUUUUAAGGACUCGUGUCCUUCCUACAACACUAGUCUAAAUAUUGUGAGAUAAAUCGUCAAGCUUUUUCUUUUAAUUAUUUAUUUAAAUAUUAAAACAAAAAAUAAAAAAAAAAAGCUGUAAUGAUUAUUGAUUCCGAAAAUGAAAUUUUAAUUAAAAUUAUAUUAAGAAAUUGCUCGUACGUAUUUAUUGUACGUACAAGAUGAAAUUAUAAAGCUACAGCACCUAGACUGAGCUCAGGCUAUUAUUUUAUUUAUUAUAUAUACUUAUUAUUAUUAUUAUUAAAAAUUUAAAAAAGUUUUGAGCCACAAGACACGUGGUGCUGUAGAUACGAUUGCACUUUACGCAUAUGACCGUCCGUUUGCGUCAUUGAUGGGUCAAAUAUAUUGUCUUAGGUUGAUAAAAAAAAAAUUAAGAUUAAUUUAUAACAUUUACUCAAAAUGUUAUUAUAAAUAUAUAUAUAAACAUAAAACAUAUAUAUGUAUAUAUUUAUAGGUACAUAUACAUAUUGAAUGCGAUGACUGAGUGAUAGUGUGAAGUGACUUGUAUACUUUAUAAAAUAUUAUUAAAAUUAUUAAAUGGACAAAGUUGUGAAUGUGUCGAAUGAUGAGAAGCAUUUAAAUAUGUAUAUGUAUAUAUAAACAUAUGUGUGUAUGUAAAUAUAUAUGUGGGGUAAAAGUACCAUGGGUGGCCACUGGAGCAUUUUCAGACAUUUAAUAUUUUAUUUUAGGUAAUGAAAAAGCAUAAAAAAAAUUAUAUUUCAAUAGCCCGGACAAAAAAAUUGUUUCUAAAAAAUUCCAAAAAAGUUCGACAUGUGAAAGUUCUAAACUUGAAACAGAUUAGAGCCUCGAGUGAAACUUUUGUAAUUUUGAUAGGAAAAAAAAAAGGUUGUUUAGAAUUUUUUGUGAGCGAAUUUUGAGUAAAAAUUUCGUUUUUAAAAAAUAUUUCUCAAAAAGUAUUUUUACAUGAGUGUGAAUGUAGCAGACAUCAGACAAAUUUAAAAUUGUAAAUAAGUAGAGGAAAUAAUUUAAAAAACAAUAUUUAUAAAAAAUGCACUUAUUAAUUUCAAAAUUUUUUGAAUGCGCAUUUUUUUUUUAAAUUUAUUAAUAAUUUUAAAUUUGUCUGAUGUCUGUUACAUUCACACUCAUAUUUUUACUGCAUUUUACCUUCGCUCCAAAAAAGUUUCCAUUAUAGAAACCAAUUACCCCAUAAGAAUAAAAAACGUUAAUAAAAAUUUUCAAAUCAGAGAUUUUUGAACUUUUUCGAAAUUCGCUCAUAUAAAGUCCUAAAUAAACUUGUUUUUUACAAUGAAAUUUACAAAAGUUCUAAUCUGUCUCAAGUUGAGAAGUUCCACAGGUCAAACUUUUUUGGAAUCUUUUUGAAACGAAUUUUUUUUACACGGAAGUGUGAUAAAAGUAUUUUCGUAUCCAUUCAAAAAAUUAAUCAUGUACUGUAAAAAAUUUGCGGAGUGAACGCGGAUUAAAUCCGGAGUAAAUUUGGAGCGGGUCACUAUUAAUUUAUUUAAUCCCCUUGGAGUGAAAUUUGCUCCAAAGGGGAGUUUAUUUUAAUAUUAAAACUCCGAAUCGGAGUAAAUGAUUUGAAUAAAAUUACUCCACUGAAAAGACAAACUCCCUAAUGACUGCGUAUGCGGAGUGAUUUUUUUUUAACUCCGAAACUCCGAGUGACGGAGUGAAUUCGGGUUGAAUUAAAUUCAAUCUGAACUAAAUUCAUCUAAAUAGAUGAAAAAAAUCCGUAAUUACUCCGAAUUUACUCCCGAUUUUUCACAGUGUCAUUGCGUAUUGUUUUAUUUUAAUUUUUGGUGUCAAAAACUGACCCUAAACUGGUCAAAAGCGGUAACUCUACCCUAUAUAUAUAUGAUUUGAAAAGACAGGCAAGUUCUUGUAAGUUGAGGCCGGCCCGGCGAUGCCCCUCGCUGUGAUAUAAGAGGAGCAGCCUGCAAUCUCUAAACCAAUGUACUUAUAUUUCUGUACCAUAGUAUUAUCAUUAUUAUAAAUUUAUUAUUAUUAUUAUUAAUUAAUUAUUAUAUACAUAUGUAAUAUUAAUUGAUAUAAAUAUAUAUAUGCUGGGUGUACGUAUCCAUCAAACUGUAGCGCAGUGCAAUCAAUAAUUGCAUCAAUGUACAGACAAAAUUAUUAUUAUGAUUUUAUCUUUGUUAAAUAUUAACGAAAAAAAAAAAAUUAAACAAAAAAAUAAACAAAUUAAUUUUUUUUCGUUUUUUUUUCUUUCCUUUGUGUGAUUUUAAAGAAUUAAUUUCCCGAGGCAAUUGAAAGAAUUUUUCUUAUAUAUGUUCAAUAUAUAUUUAUAUUUUAUUAUUUAUUUAUUGUGCAUUUUUAUUAAAAUUUAAAAUUUAUAAAUUUUAAUAACUGAAUGUUAAUCGUUACAAAAUAAAUUGCAUUUUUUUUUAAUGACUAAAUUUAAAAAUUUUGUUUUUAUUUUAAUGCACAAGGAAGUUGCGCAAUUCAUAAAAAAAAAAACAAAUAAUAAUAAUGAGACAUACAAUCAAAAAUAAUUAUUUUUUAAGGUAAUAAUAUUUUUAAAAAAAUAAAAAAAAGAAAAUAAAUAAUUAUAUCCCUGAUUGUUUAUUACUUCAAUAUAAUAAAUUAUAAAUUAUUCUUCCGUAUUUCGUCAGCUAUUGCGUCAAUAAUUAUAAAUUUUAUUUGCAUAUUACAUACAAUGUCAUUUAAACAAAAGAUUUUGAAAAUAAGUUGAAGAAAGAAAAAAAAAAAGUUGUAAUAAUAAACAGGAAAUCGCGUCGAUUGGCGACGUGGAAUCAUAUCUACACUUUUAUAUUUUAAAAAAUAAUAAUAAUGAAUUGAAUAAAUAAUUAUUGAGAUAUAUUUAUACAUUGGUCAUUAAUUAUAUUAAAAUCAGCUCUCAAUAAUUAGAAUCUAAAAUGUGUCCGCAAAAAAAAAAAAAUUAAUUAAUUAAAUUGUCGUAAUGACAUAAAUUUUAUUCUUCGUUUUUUGUAGACUCGAAAUAACAAAAAAAAUUAAAUAGUAAAACAAUUUUAAAAAUUUACUAAAAUGGCAAUCGAUCAAAUUUUCAUGAUACUGAAGUUAGCCGACGUCUGAUAAUUUUUGAAUUUUUUUUCAAAACGAUAAAUCAUAAAAAAAAAAAAAUUGCACCCAUACACGGAAAAAAAUAAAUAGUAAAUGCAACAUGAUGGAGUCUUGGUUAAUAAACAUGAUGAAAUCAUGUUGCGUCCACAUGAUUUGUCAUGUUUCGGCUACAUAACAAUCAUGUUGCGGUAGCAUGAGAAAAUCAUGUGGCAGCAACAUGAUUUGUCAUGUUUCGGCUACAUGACAAUCAUGUUGCGGUAGCAUGAGAAAAAUCAUGUGGCAGCAACAUGAUUUGUCAUGUUUCGGCUACAUAAUAAUCAUGUUGCGGUAACAUAAGAAAAUCAUGUGGCAGCAACAUGAUUUAUCAUGUUUCGGCUAUAUGACAAUCAUGUUGCGGUAGCAUGAGAAAAAUUAUGUGGCAGCAACAUGAUUUUCAUGUAGCCUUAAUAGCAUAAAAUAAAGCUGCAACAACUAAAUAUUUAUGCUUCAGAAAAAUUAUUUAUUAUCAAGCAACUAGAUUUUUUCUUUUUAUAAUAUUGCAGAUGAAAAUUAGAGUAAAUUAUCAAAUUAAAUCAUUUGUAAAUGAUAUUUUUGCUUAAGGGGUUAGGGGUAGUAAGGAUUUUCAAAAAAUCGAUUUUUUGCUUGAUUGUUGCUUGAUAAUAAAUAAUUUUUCUGAAGCAUAAAUAUUUAGUUGUUGCAGCUUAAUUUUAUGCUAUUAAGGCUACAUGAAAAUCAUGUUGCUGCCACAUGAUUUUCUCAUGCUACCCCAACAUGAUUAUCAUGUAGCCGAAACAUGACAAAUCAUGUGGAUGCAACAUAAUUUUCUCAUGUUUAUUUACCAAGACUGCAUCAUGUUGCAUUUACUAUUUAUUUUUUUCGGUGUAGUUUUAUUAAUUUUCGACAUGUGCAUAUUUUGAGUUUUUUUUUUUUUGAAUUUGAUUUGUAGAAAGAAAUCCGAAAAUUGUUAAUUGUCAGUUAACUAGGAGGUUUCACUUUAAACUUAAAAAAUUGAUUCAAUCAAUGAAUAUUAAUAUUUAAUAGAAAAGUUUUUUCUGCCCUCCGGCCGGAAAGUGGCAACUUUCGGGCCGCUGCCCUAAACGAAGUUGCAACUUUCCGGCUUCGUCGAGCAGAAAAAUAGUAUACGCACCUUGGCCAGUAAAAAAGAAAGCCUCAGACCACAUGUUUGUCAGCCUCGGCUUCGCCUCGGCCAACAAUUACAUGUGCUCUGAGACUUUUCUUAUUUUACUGGCCUAGGUAUGUAAUAUACUAUUUUUAUCGUUUAAUUAAUUUAUUAUUUUAAUUAAAAUUUCUUUGUAUAGUUUAAUAAAAAAAGAUCCAAAGCGUUAGCAAUUUAAGAAGGCGAUCAAAAAAUAAAUAAUUAAAAAAAUAACAGAUGUUAUAUAAAUCAUAAAAAAUAUAAAGCAUACACACAACAAAAGUCUUUGUAACUUUGUCGUUCUGCAUCAAUUACUUGAUGACAAUUAAUAUUUACAAUAAUAAUUAUAGUUAUUAUUAUUAAACGUAUGAUGAUAAUAUAUACAAUAGGAAUGUAAAUAUAUAUUUAAUUAAAAUAGAAUAAUUAAAAUAACUUAAAAAGUAACGAAUUUUAAAUAUUGCGAUAUAAAGUUUUAGAUAAGUGCGUUAAUUAUUUUUAAUUCAAUUUUUUUUUUUUGGUUCGUUUUUUUGGACUAUUAAAUAUAUGACGCACGAUAAGUUUUUAUCUAAACAUUUAAAUAUAAAAAUAAUAAUAAUAAAGAUGUGAUGAUCGCUCGUGUCUGAUUUGACUUGUGAAUAAAAAUGAACGUGAUUAAAAGUAAUAAAUUGUGAAUGAAAAGUGUUGCUUAUGAUUAUGUUACUGUAAAUAUUGUAUAAUCCGUGUAUAAACGUCAUUAUUAGUUAUAAAUAUAUCACCGUAGUUAGUAAUAUUACGGAUCAUUAUUAUAAAUCUAUAUCACUACAA